UCCCACCGCAGUACCACACCCUCCACCCCAGAUUUCCGGACUGGAUGGACAGGGGGCGGAUAAAACGGGCCUGGAGAGUCCCGAAAACCAUUCCCCUGUGGAGCGCCAGCCCGGACUUCUCCUGCUCGCUGGGAUCCUGCUGGAACCUCGGCAACAUGAGCCUCCGAGUGGGCGCCGGCGCCCUCCGCCUCCGACCCAGCCCCGGGCUGCUGCUCCUGGGGGUUUUGCUCCUGUCAGCCGGGCUCGCCUUCGCAGGCGCUGACCCUGAAGGAGAUGAUGAACCCCGGGACCUGCAGUGCCUGUGUGUUGCGACCACCUCCCAAGUCCAUCCAAAGAAGGUCAACAACCUGGAGGUGAUCAAAGCCGGGCCUCACUGCCCCAAGGUUCAAAUGAUAGCCACGCUGAAGAAUGGGCGGAAAAUUUGCCUAGACCCGCAGGCUCCUAUGUAUAAGAGAGUAAUCAAGAAACUUCUGGAGAGCUAGCUGCCUAGAUCUGGGCAUUUGCUACAUAACCUGCUUUCUUUUAUUCAUUUUGAUCUAAUUCUCAAUCUGCUGAUGUUUACAUUAGUCUUCAAAUCCUAAAUAAAUAAAUGAAAUAUAUCAA